CGAUACAAACCAAUGCAACACAACACCAAACCCAGUCACCAUCGUCGAAGUCAAAGUCAACCCUUAUGCUUUCAGUUCUACCGCAGCCAAAGACAUUAGCUUCCGAGCACAGCUCGAGGAUAUCUGGCAGCGUAUUACAGAGAGCGCGUAAAUCUGGUGUUGAUUCCGAGUUCGAGAGUUGGAGAAAAGCCAUCAAGUGGGGUGGUGGGACGCAGCUCUACUUCCCAGCGAGACCUUUACCUCGGGUUCUCGCACCUUUACAUCCGUACCCAGGAUUCGCCUGUCACACUUUACGUCCAGCAGCCUAUUCCCACCCUCCUUUCUUCCUUUCCUGCAGACAUUUUAAUGGUAACUACUGGUCCGCACUAUGGCGGAGUGCUAUACAGGGCGGCUAUCGGCCCUUUCUGUCUGUGCUGGUGGGGUGGGGUUUGGUGGAAGUAUUUCGGCUGACGAACCAGGAUGAACCCAACGCCGCCACGAUGUUACGUUCGAAUGUCGUGUCCCCAUUUGGUCCUCCUCGGUUCCAAGUCCUUGGUGUAUGCAAGAAACAAAAGGACGAUUGGACCUUGACAGGGACAAUGACGGCGGUAAGCUUGGAAGAAAUAUUCAUGAAUUAUUGGUGCCGUCGAAGGGACCUAGAGAACAUCGCUUGUCUUAGUUUAUUGCUCAUGCGUGUUUUUCGCACUAUGUCCUCUCCUAUCAGUCAGGUUUGUGAAUGAUCAAACAUGGCCCUUGUCUUCUAUCGCCACUGGCUCUCUUGCAUGAGAUCUCCGUGCAUUUCAUGACGUGGACGCGACAAGGGUUGAUAUUCAACUUAACAGUGUUCAGGAAAGUGUUUGUUUCUGUAACUUCGACAGCAGGUCGCUGCUUCAAAGUAAACCGAAGGAUUUUGCUGAACAUAGCAGUUGAGCCCGUCCCGCCGCGGCCCCGCAA